AUGGACAUCCGAAAUUUCUUCGGGGGCAAGUCAAGUCAAGACUCCAGCAAAGCUCCCGCGAAGCCCGCGGCCAAAAAAGAGGACCCCUCCGCCUCAAGAAAGCGACGUAGCAGGAAGGUUGUGGAUGAUAGCGACGAGGAAGAAGAUGUAGCACCUGCCAAACCAUCAACUACAAAAGCGAAGCCCAAGACUCAAUCAAAACCGCAAGAGAGUAAAGAAGAACCUACGACUUCCUCCGAUUAUUUCGCUUCCAGCAAGAAGAAGACACGUCCUACCAAAGCAGCUGAACAGGCGCUGUCAGAUAACACCAAGAGUGUUGCGGCAAGUCCCAAACCCAACAAGACUGCCGAAGAACCUGUGAAGAAAGGACGGACCGCUACUCGAGGACCGACAAAGCAAGCUGCCAAAAUCCUGGAAGAUGAAAAUCUCGGCGACGAUGAUAUUUUUGCAACUGAAUAUGGAAAAGCUGGCAAGGGAGACGACGCUUAUGUCGCUGAGGACGAUAGCGACGAGGAUAGUGACUUUGAAGUGCUGGAGGUAAAGCCAGUCGCUCCAGCAUCGAAGAAGACGCAAAAGAAAAAGCCCUCUCACGACGAGGACGACGACGUAGUCAUGGAAGAUCUUCCCAAGGUUCCUGCGGUGAAGGCCCGACCGGGUCGCAAACGCAAGUCGGAAGCUCUUAUCGACGAAGAAGAAGAUGGUGACUACCAUGAACCCAAAAAGGAAACCAAAAAAGCAGCCCCAAAGGCAAAGCCCUCAGCACCACCAGCCGCAAAGAAGCAAAAGGCUAGCCCUUCAAAGACCAAGAAGGACGACAAGCCAGAAAGCAAAGAGCUCCAGGAUAUCUUCGAUAGCAUCCCCACGGUUGAAGCCCCAGAACCUCCUCAGGGAGAGCCAAAGAAGUUCAAGUUUGGAGCACAAGCAAGCCGUGAUCCGGGAAUGACUGGAACUAAGGAACUGCCCGUUGGUGAAGAAAACUGCCUUGCUGGGUUGUCCUUUGUCUUCACGGGUGUUUUAGAAUCUCUAGGUCGCGAUGAGGGCGCGCAAUUGGUGAAGAAGUACGGUGGCAAAGUCGUGGGGGCUCCUAGCUCCAAGACAAGCUUUGUUGUCCUUGGCGAGGAUGCCGGUCCAAAGAAGCUUGAGACCAUCGCAAAGCACAAGAUCAAGACCAUCAACGAAGACGGUCUUUUCGAAUUGAUUCGACGGCUGCCUGCCAACGGAGGCGAUGGAAAGGCCGCCGAAAAAUAUGCCGAGAAACAGAGAGCCGAUGAGGCCAAAGUCCGUGCGAUGGCCGCCGAGAUCGAUGCAGAAGAGAAAAAACGAGAAGAGCAAAAGCGAAAGACAGCCGCAACUUCUCAAGGACCCAAGGCAACCGCCACCGCCUCUCAAACACCCCCUAUCUCACAGCCAGUUUCAUCUGGGGAGCUUUGGACCACAAAGUAUGCCCCAACGUCCAUUGCUAUGAUCUGUGGUAAUAAGCUUGCGGUGGAGAAGAUCCAAAACUGGCUGCGCAAUUGGUACAACAACGCUAAAGCUGAUUUCAAAAAGGGUGGUAAGGAUGGCUCCGGUACAUAUCGCGCUGUCAUGAUUCACGGCCCCCCUGGGAUUGGCAAAACCACAGCGGCCCAUCUUGUGGCAAAGCUGGAAGGGUUUGAUAUCGUAGAGACCAAUGCCAGUGACACCAGAAGCAAGAAGCUUGUUGAGAACUCUACUCUGGGUGUGCUAGAUACAACAUCGCUGCAAGGAUAUUUCGCCGGGCAAGGCAAGCAAGUUGAGGGUGAGAAGAAAAAACUUGUCCUGAUCAUGGACGAGGUUGAUGGAAUGUCUGCCGGUGACCGUGGAGGCGUGGGAGCCGUCGCCGCCAUCGUCAAAAAGACCAAGAUCCCAAUUAUUCUUGUCUGCAAUGAGCGAAGACUUCCCAAGAUGAAACCCUUCGACUUCAUUACCUAUGACGUACCAUUCAGACGCCCUACUGCUGAGCAGAUUCGGGCAAGACUGUCCACCAUUUGCUUCCGAGAAGGUCUCAAAAUCCCGCCUGCUGUUCUCGACGGGCUCAUUGAGGGCACCCAUGCCGACAUCCGCCAGGUCAUCAACAUGCUGUCCACCGCGAGACUAGACCAAAAGACCCUUAAUUACGAAGAAGGCAAACAAAUGUCGAAGGCAUGGGAGAAGCAUAUUAUUCUCAAACCAUGGGAUAUCGUCAGCAAAGUUCUCAGCGCCCAGAUGUUCUCCCCGAGUUCCACCUCCACCCUGAACGAUAAGAUCGAGCUCUAUUUCAACGACCAUGAGUUCAGUUACUUGAUGCUUCAGGAAAACUAUCUUAAAACCAAGCCUGCCCUUGCCGGCAAAUACCAUGGCAAGGAACAGCAACUGAAGGCGCUUGAGCUACUAGACAAUGCCGCCUCGAGUAUUAGCGAUGGUGAUCUUGUUGACCGCAUGAUCCACGGCACCCAACAGCAGUGGAGUCUAAUGCCCACCCAUGCGGUCUUCAGUUUUGUGCGGCCAGCUAGCUUCCAAUUUGGAAACUUCAACGAGCGGCCUGCAUUCACCAGCUGGCUGGGUAACAACAGCAAACAUGGCAAACUGUCCCGAUUCGUCAAAGAGAUUCAGGGCCAUAUGCGUCUUCGUACCACAGGUAACCGGGAUGAGAUUCGUCAACAAUAUAUGCCUCUGCUUCAGGAGAAGAUUAUUCGUCGAAUGGUGAACGAAGGCAAGGAAAGCGUUGACUCGGUCAUUGAUUUCAUGGACGACUACUAUCUCACCCGGGAGGACUUCGAUGCUAUAAUGGAACUCGGACUAGGCCCCAUGGAUGAGUCGAAGAACAAACUGGAGACGCAGACCAAGGCCACAUUCACCCGUCUGUAUAACUCUCGCUCGCACCCCAUGCCAUUCAUGAAAGCCAGCAGCGUCGUGGCGCCCAAGAAGGACCCCAAGGACAAGCCUGAUAUCGAGGACGCCAUCGAUGAAUCUGAUGGAGAGGAGGUUGUCGAAGAGAUCAAGGAUGAUGCGGAAGAAGAACUUGAUCUCAAGAAGGACAAGUAUGUGAGCUUACCGAAGAAAAAGAAGGCGCCGGCCAAGGGCAAAAAGACCAAGAAGGCGGCCGAUGAUGUGGAUGACGACGAAAAGCCGAAAAAGGCCCGCAAAGGUAAGGCCAAGGCUUGA